AUGAAAUUCCUGCUCGCCUUUUCUUUCUGCGUCCUUCUGAUCGCCGCCUUCGCCUCUGCAGAACAAGGCUUCCAGCAAUUCGGAGGAGACGGUCUCGCUCAGGCUUCCGACACAGAACAGUUAGUCCUUCCUUCGCAAAACUCAUCUCACUGUGAACGAUUUCAGCGUCCGACCAAAACGCCAGUUCGGCUAUGGAAUGGGAUACGGAAUGGGCUAUGGAAUGGGAAUGUACCGUCCGUGGGGCAUGUACGGCAUGUACCGUCCCUGGGGAAUGAUGCCCUUCAUGAUGGGCAGAUAA